AUGGUAAACAACGUUGACGACCUACUCACCAAAACCGAACCUGAACUUACUGUCCUCUUCGCUAACGCCGAAGCUGGACCCAUACCCAACGGUGACGCACAAGGCACCGCGAUCAUCGCACCCGGCACCACUUUCACGCCCGAGAUCGCCAAGUUCAUUAACUUCUUCGCCUGGCAGGGCAAGAUCUUCGAUGCGGAGAAGAUGGCACUCGUGAACAAGAUAACCGUCUUUGGCCUCGACGCUAUCCUCGCCCAUAUAAGUCGCGAACCGAGCUGGAUUGACGGCAAGGAAUGUAUCGUACUGGACUAUUCGAAGACAUCGGUGAUUGCGCAUUGGGUACGAGAUGAGAUUCGACUGAUUUCUCCCGGAUUGUAUCUUGGAAGGGUGUUUUGGAAGGAGCAGCAUCUGAUCUUCUUCGCGUUACAGUUUUGA